AUGGAAGCCCAUUUGGAAGACCUAACUGAAACUUGUGAAACUGGGCAAAUAUGCCAGUCUUUAAGAAGGUAUCAGAUGAACCAACUAGGCUGUCAAAAUUUUCGAGUUCUGAAGAAAAAGGGUACAUGUCAGCAAACAUAUAAACCAGAGGUGUAUGGUUUUAACCUAUCUUUCUGA